AUGCCUACGAUAAUGCUGAGCAAAUCAAGUUCGCUCUCCAUCCCUGUAUCAACGUGGACAUGGGCACUGCAACGCCCACUGGGGGACUUUCAUGACUCACCCAUUACAAGUGGCAUGGGUACGAUGGCGUAUCUGAGCGGCCAGAUAUCCAAAUCAACGGCUGGCGUUGCAGUUGAUAAAAUUCAUGGUAUGCCCGUACUGCCGAAAUCUUGGCUGUAUGGAACCUCAAUUAAGCAGCGGAACGGGCCGGAAGAUUCUCGGCAAAAUGCCAAGAACUAUUUAACUAUGCUAGGACGGGCGAAUGCUAGACUGGGCGACUGUGCCGUCCCUGGGACACAUGGAGCUGCAACCGCCAAGUCAUGUAGAGCAGUGUCACGCGAACUAGCUCAGGAGUGGGCAGAGGCAGAUGAACAAGGCAUGCAGAAUCUGAUCAUAGUGAUAGAUCUCUUGAUGAUAUUGGAUCAUCUGUCCUGUUUGAAAUCAAGAAAAUCAAUGAAUUUAUGGAACGAAAUAUAUAUAAAAGGUGCUUCAGCUGUGUUUGCAUACCACAUCUUGAAAGAUGAAAAAAUCACCGUGUUAUCUCUGGCUACUCCAGAUCGAUUCAACCCGGAUAGCUUGACCAAUUCUCAGGCUGUAGAGGAGCCAGUUCUGAAAGGCGCAAUUGGAGGGGCUGCAGUAUCUUGCAUUGGAAUGGUGCAUCUGACCAUCAAGAGAGCUGAGGAUUUCUGCUAUCAGGUGUGGCUGACUGAUGAAACUCAUCCCUGGAUUGCAAAUUUCGAACACUGGAGAAGAAGAGUGCUGUCCAAGAAGCAAAACCUAAUGGUGAGCCAGGCUGAGAUCUUUAUCCAAAUGGAGACUAAGGUGCAAAAUGUGUCAGGGCCAGCAAAGUCUCUGAAGGAGAAGAAGAAGGUGGAGAGGAAAAAGGAGAAAAAGAGGAAGAGUGAGGAGAACAGGAAAAAGAUGACGGACGACCAGCGACGCUUCCAAAGCAUGAAAAAUAGAAACAAAAUAGCCGCUGGAGACUCAAACCAAUUACAGGCCAACUGA